UAUAUAUUCAUAAUUUCAUUCGUAAUUAAUAUAAUUACUUGUGUUUUUAAAAGUGUUAAUUUUAUGAAAAUGAAUUGUCUGUUGUUUUGUGUUUGCUGUGAAUUGUCAAGACACCUACCUUUUUAACUACUGGUGAUAUCGUUAUUCCAUUUUACAGUUGGAAAUAAGAUGUGAUGUUUUGGAUGACAAAACUGGAUCAAAUUGUAAAAUACAAUCCUACAUUUUGUCCAAAUAAUUGUGGUCGAAAAUUUGGAGGAAACAAUCGAAAAAAUUUUAUGUUAAAAAAGAACGAUUUGUACGCUAAUGAAAAUCCUGUAUAUUGUCCAAAAAAUUGUGGACGAUGUUACAAGGGAAUGUGGCGUAAAUACAACUUGCAGAAGCACUUAAAAUUUGAAUGUGGAGUAGCACCACAAUUCAAAUGCCUAGCCUGUCCAAAAAGCUUCUCAUUGAAAGCAAAUUUGAAAAUGCAUAUGAUGGUUGUUCAUAAAAUAAUUUUAGGAUCAAAUCACAAUACUAUGAUGUCAUAGAAGUUAUCGACUAUUAUAUAUUUCGACUUUAAUCACAUAAUAAAGAAUGUUAAUAUUUUAGUGCCAUAUAUGUAAUACAUA